AUGGCUAAUAUGCCUGGUGCAAUUGGUUGCUCUUAUGUCUUCGUCAGAACCAAAGGCUCCUCGUGGUUAGCAGAAUUCAAAGGUGUAUGGUUCCAGUCCAGUGACCAUCUAGUAGAUGCAACUUUGCCUGCUACUGAAGUCAAAUCAUCAGAACUGAGUAUAAGGAAUGUUAUAGGAGAAACAAAGACUUCCAUAGCUUCUGGAAAUGAGCAUAUUGGGGAGAAGCAAUUAACGGAUGUCUUCUUGUAA